AUGGAUAAUUCAUUCUUGAUAUCAAUAGCUUUACUGAUAAGUGGGAUUCUAAUAUUGAUAGAAUUAAUCGUUUUUAACUCAGACAUUAAUAGACUAUAGUUGACAAUUACUAUAGGCUAAAUAAUUGCAAGCUGUGUCUUCUUAAUCAAGCCUUAUUAAAGAAGCAAAAUAGUUUUUCUCAUUUCUUUUAUCAAUGUGUAACAAAUUUUAUAGUAGACAAAUUUCGCCUUCUUAUUUAUUGUGUUAACUUAGAUUUUAAGUUGUGAAUUAGAGAUAGAAAUUGAAUUAAAUACAGCUUUUAGAGUUUUACUUAUAAUCUCUCAAAUAUUAAGAGUAAUAUUUUUUUGGGAUAAUGAUAUAUUUGAAGGUGCUUAAGUAAUUAUUUCAAUACUAUUUUCCUGUAUUUUGUGGAUGAAAUCAUACUUAUUGUCAAAAAUAAAGAAAAAUGGCAACAUCCAAACAACUCGUGACCAUAAUAAUAAUUUAUUGUUCAAUUCUCAGACUAACUUAAUAGUAUCAUUAAAAUAAUUAGAUAGUGAAUUAGGAAUCUUAGAUAAUCUUCCUAUUGGAAUAAUGAUACUAGAUUUGUAAUAAAAUAUCAAGUAUUUAAAUUCAUUUGCAAAGUAAUAUUUUAAAAACUUUGAUUGUGAAAAAAAUGAUGAAAUUAGUCUAUAAUUAAAACACUAACUAAUUAAGUAAAUUUUUAUAAUAAAAUUAGAAUGUUACUUGAUCAUAUUGGAGGACCAGAAGAUUUAAAUAAUCUUCAUGAUAAUUAAAAAUCAAACAGACCUUUUUUAUCUAGUAUUAAAAUAGAUGAUCCUAUUUAAACUAUUUUAAAUUAAAAGGAAGAAUAAUUUAAUCUUGUUUAUAAAUACAAAGAGUUAAGCAAAAAUGGAAUAUCGAAAUUAAAAGUAGUUAAAAUAUCAUUGUUACAGUAAUUCUUAAAAUAAGAAGAAAUUACUAUAUUACUUAUUUAGAAUGUGUCAAGCAAAGAAAGAAAAAAGGAAUUAACAUAAUUUAUUAAAUUUUAAAAUAGUAUUUUAAAUUCAUUUUCCCAUGAAUUAAGAACACCAUUAAAUAGUUCAUUAUAAUUAUUAGAAGCAUUAUCUACGAGAUUGAAUGAUUAAAUGAAUCAAGAAUAUGUUUAACCUGCAUUAAAUUCGAAUAGAUUAUUACUAUUUUAAAUCAAUGAUAUACUAGACUAUGCAGCCAUGUAAUCAAAUCAUUUCAUACAUCAUUAUUCUUAAUUCAAUAUUAAGGAAAUUGCAGAUUAUAUAAAAUAAUUAUACACUUAAGCUUGUUAAAACAAAGGGAUAAUUUUAACUUGUAAAAUUAAUUUAACAAAUUAUAUUGUGACUAAUGAUAAACAAAGAAUUAUCUAAGUUUUAAUAAAUUUAUUAAAUAAUUCAAUAAAAUUCUCUCCUUCAAAUACUCAUAUUAGAGUUUAAUUUAAAAACAAAUUUAAAUACUCCUAAAAAUAUAUUAAAAUAAAAGUCAAAGAUUAAGGAUUUGGUAUUUCAGAGUAAAAAUUAAGUUUUAUUUUUCGAGAAUUGCAUUCAGUAUCAUCUGAAGAAAGUGGAUAUUGGAUGACUCAAAAUUAAUUGUCUUCAGGCAUAGGAUUAAAAAUGUCCAAUCGUUUAAUUUAAGGAUUGGCAUUUACAGAACCUAGAAAAAAUGCAUUUUCAAUAAAAUCAGCACUUUAAUAAUAUACAUAUAUAUCUUUUUACAUUUCAGAUAUGAUCAUAAUAAAAGAAGAAAAUUAAUCAUUUUCAAAUGCUUUAAGUGAUGAUGCACAUUGUAUUUAAAUGCAUUAGAGUUAAGAUUUUAAAUUAAUUGAAAAUAUAAAUAUAAAAUCUUGUAAUUGUUCUUCAAUUUUAAUUGUUGAUGAUGUUCCAUUUAAUGUAUAAGCUUUGAAGACUAUUUUAUAUUAACAUAAACUAUCAAUUGAUUCUGCUUAUAAUGGUAUUGAAGCAAUAGAUUUAGUUAUUAAAAAGUAUCAAUAAAAUAAAUGUCAUCCUUCCUAUUAAUUGAUAGUAAUGGAUAUAGAGAUGCCUCUAUUAAAUGGCUUAUAAGCAACAUAAAAAGUAUAAAUAAUAUUUAUAAUAAGAUAAUAUCAUUUUUCAAUUCUAUAAAUGUAUAACCUCCAGCAAUAGUAGCUUGUUCUGCUUAUGAUUCAAAUAAAGAAGAAUUUUCCAUCUUUUCAGAUACAUUACCUAAACCUAUUGAUCAGUAGAAACUAAAAACUAUUUUAAAAAAGUAUUUAUCAAAUUUUUUUUGA